CCAUGUUCCACUAUCAAUAUCAUGUCCAAUUCAUACCUCCCUACACUCGCUGGUAGUGGUGACGAUGGUGACGGGGACGAUGAAGACCAAUUCUUCGAUACACAUCAGUUCUUCGUUGGCCCCUCAAGCACUGAGAGCUGCUCUUCACAUGCAGAAUCAAAUCUCCUGCACUCCGAAAAUGGCAUGAGAACGUCCCUGUUGAACUCCCCCGCUGCAGAUUCAAUUUGCCACAAACCGGGUCGAUUUCGCUUCGAGCCAACGCCCUUUAUGGACGACUACAUCGCGCUUGGAUCUAUUCGCCUUGUUCGACCUACCGCCAGUGCGCUCGAUCGCGGUUGGAGAAUGGUUGGAUCCACGGGAGAGGCUACGCACCCCCACUCUCUGCUGACCUUGGGCGAGAAACGUCUAUGGAUCAAAACUUGCUAUUCUGAGCAUGCCAAACUGCCUGAUUGUGCCUCCUUGAGAAUCUAUACACUACCAGAAGAUGUCAAUCGAAGCACUCGAGGCUCGAUCAAGGAUCUUAGAAAGGUUCUGAAAUUCCUCACCGAGUUCGUCGACAUCUCUCGUGAUGCUUGGGAUGGCACCUACGAUCCAGCCUCGCCUUUGCAAACCUAUAAGCAAGCACAUGUUUUCCAGGAGGAAUCUCUCUUUUACAUAUUCAAUACUCUAUCCUCGCCUCAAACUUCCCUCACCGAUGGAGGCCCUGGUCUGCACAACCGGCACUCAAUGCAUGACAUCUUUGGGAACAAGAUCGACGGCCUCCAGACUUCGUUGUACCCCUAUCAAAUGCGGUCGGUAGCCGCGAUGUUGCAAAGGGAAGUAAAUCCAUUCAUGUUCUUAGAUCCUAGAAAGCAAUGCUUUCGAGACCUCAGUGGCACAAAGUUCUAUCUCGACGUCUACGAAGGCUCCCUGCUUCGUCACCCUCACCUCUACAGUCAAUGUCGUGGUGGUAUCCUCGCAGAAACCAUGGGCUACGGCAAGACACUGAUAUGCAUUGCUCUGAUUCUAGCAACCAGAGGACAUUAUCCUACCAUCCCCGAGGGUAGAGUAAACGCCAUUACUGGGAAGGUUAACGAACGCACACCAAGCCUGCUUGACCUAGCUGCAAAAACGAUCAAGCAAACUUCUGUGCCGUGGAAAGCCCAUUUUGCAAAUCUCAAGAAGGAGGGCUAUCACUUUGACAGCUGUACAGAAGCUCUGGCCAGGUACAAUGGCGAGUAUGCUGAGCCAAUCUUCCAUCCAACAACUCCGGAUCGACGAGGCAAGAAAAGAGAAGAUUUCCGAGUGCUGCGCCUUGCAUGUACAACGUUGCUGAUCGUUCCGCCCAAUCUUCUCGUCCAAUGGCAACAUGAGAUAGAAAAGCAUACGGAAGCGGGUGCGCUUGAUGUAUUGGUCCUCGACUCGACCACGAAAGAUAUACCUCAUUGGAGGGAAUUGAUCAAACACGACAUUGUUCUCAUCACCAAAGCACGCUUUGAGCAAGAAUACAGGGAUGACGAUCUCAACCAGGGUAGACGGUUCAAAGGACAGGAGAAGUUUCGAUCUCAGCUAACUGAAGUUCGAUGGCUGCGCGUCAUUUGCGACGAGGGACAUGGCUUUGCAGGCUCCAGCUAUCGAACACAUGCAAUGACGAUGUUGGACAAGAUGUCCGUUGAACGCCGUUGGGUUGUCUCUGGCACACCAUCCUACUCACUUCACGGUGUUGAGGUUAACCUCGCGCUCGACGAGACCAACAACCACACGAAGAGUUUGCGGAGACACUCCAUCGAGACCGCUUUGGAAAGAAGAAAAGCCAAGGAUUCUGCAUCUGAAGAGCUCAAAGAUAUGGACCGCUUACGCGCCAUCGUUGUCAGAUUUCUCAAGGUGCAACCCUGGGCAAACCAGAAAGGCGCCGACCAUGCCGAUUGGAAAAGAUAUCUCUCGCCUUUCGACGCCUCUGGCAAGCGUCGUUUCGCACCCGCGCUGCGAGUGAUACUGCAGUCUCUCAUCAUCCGCCAUCGAAUUGAGGACAUCGAUGUCGAUCUCUGCCUUCCUCCUCUGCACAACAGGACAAUCUACCUGGAGCCAAGCUAUUACGACAAGCUUAGCAUGAACCUCUUCAGGCUGGUUCUUACCUCCAAUGCCAUCACUUCCGAAAGAGUGGACGAGGAUUACAUGUUUCAUCCUAAAAAUCGCAAAUCCCUCGAUGAAUUGAUUACCAAUCUCCGCCGAUCCAGCUUCCACUGGGUCGGAUUUACUGAGCACGAGGUGACUGAAACCUUGAGAGUCAGUAACAAAUAUCUAGAAGAACACCUUGACCUGAUCUCCGACGAAGACGGUGCGCUUUUGAGUGAGGCAAUCCAGAAUGGUGAACGAGCCCUGAGUGACUCCGGUUGGCAUGCUUUCUCGUUCUACCACGAAAUCGGCGUGUAUGUCGAAGACUUCCCCAGCGAUGCUGCGGCGGCCUGGGCGUUAAAUGGCGAACAUUCGAACCCCCUCCUUCUCGGAACCGUUCAAGCUCGAGAGGCGCAGCAGUAUGUGCUGAAACACCUGGAGCUCGACGGACCCUGGAUUCAACUUGCUGGGGCGGGACUCCGAGCCAUGCACGCAGCUCGUGAACGAGCCAUAGAAGAGCAACAAGCCAGAGAUAAAGUCCAAUCAAGCUCCAGCGGAAAGAAGCCUCCCACAGCGGGAGCAACAGAGGAACCCAAGCUCAAGAAUCAAUCAGGCUCCCCGUCUCCUGUGCGCUCUUCGACACGAGAUGUGGCUCCCGAGCUUUUCCGCUCACCAAGAAAGCGACUUUUCUCGACGAACAAUCCCAUCGUCCCAGCACCCUUGGCCAAGUCACGCAUCGUUGGAUUUACAUCCGCGAAGCUCAAUUACCUCUGCUCACGUAUCUUGAUGCUACAGGCCACAGAGAAGAUUAUUAUCUUCUACGACUCGAACAACAUCGCCUUCUGGAUCGCCGAAGCUCUUGAGUUGUUAUCCGUCAAAUUCCUCAUCUACGCAAACACACUCUCGGUGACCCGCCGCGCCGCUUACCUUGCCACUUUCAAUCAGUCGGAGGUGUUUCGCGUUCUCCUCAUGGAUCUCAAACAAGCUUCUCAUGGCCUCCACGUGGCUGCCGCAAGCCGCAUCUUUAUUGUAUCCCCGAUCUGGCAGCCCGAUGUCGAAUCACAAGCCAUCAAACGCGCACAUCGAAUUGGCCAGACGCGUCCUGUCUACGUCGAGACGCUCGUCCUGAAAGGCACUUUGGAGGAGAAGAUCCUCAAGCGACGCCGGCAGAUGAGCAAUGCAGAGCUGGUCAAGGCAGAGAAAAGCCUGUUGGACGAUGGCAUGAUGAACGGGAUCAUUCGAGGGGAAGGCUUCUUGAAGAUCGCACAGGAUGAGAAAGAGCAGUUGAGAGGAGGGAGGCUAGACGAGCCGGUCCCCCUGUUUGUGAGACGCGAUGGCCCUGUCGGCGCGGACGACGGAGAGGAUGGUGACCUGAUCCUGGGCUUGGAGGACGAGCGUUCCUCGAAGAAGAAGAAGGUUGAAAAUAAAGGGAAGACGAAAGGGAACGGCAGGACAGUGGCAUUUGGACCGGACAAGGUAUUUCCUCUGUCUUCGGGAGCUGCACUUAAUACAUCGCCGCCGGCGUUAGAGACCCACACCUCGAUAUUCGGUGCUGGGCUGCAGCCGAGCAACGAGAAGCCAUAGAAAAGCGUCCGCAUCGUGUUCGAUAUCACGCCAGCAUCUGCUUCCGGUGUCGGUGGCUCUGGAGCUUGAUUCUUCGGACGCCGCCUGCUGGAACAACAUCUCACAUGACACGGCGCCAGAAUUUUAGCAGACGCAGGGUUGGGAAUGGGGUCUUGUUUGCUGAUAGAAAGUGCUGCGACUGCGUCGGCUUGUAUGACUCUACGGAAGGGAGAUUUCUGCACGAUUUCAAGGCUUAAAUGGUAGAUACAGGCUCGACGGAAGUGCACAUAUGAUGGCUCAGGCAUAUUUAUCCCAAAGAUAAAUGAAUGAGGGAGAGCUACUUAGCAUAUAUUCUGACACAACGGAACCAGUUGCAAUCUGCUAGUCUUGU